AUGGCCUACAUCACGGCCAUUACCAACCUUCACUGCUGCAAGCAGUGCCAGCGUAGCAAAAUCCAUCGCUACACCAAGCCACCCAUCCACGACCUGCCCCAACCCACCCGACGUUUUGGCCAUAUCCACGUGGACGUCGUUGGACCUCUUCCACCGUCAGAGGGCAAGAGGUACAUCUUCACCAUCAUCGACCCUCUACUCGCUGGCCUGAGGCCAUGCCCAUGGAGGAUGCAACUACCAGAUCCUGCACCCAGGCACUCCUUGGCUUCUGGAUCGCCCGGGUUCGUUUCACCUCAGGCUGCUAAUGGAAUCAUCGAGAGAUGGCAUCGAACCCUCAAGACGACCCUCACCGCCCGUUGUACCACAGCCACAUGGACUUCAAAGCUCCUCAGGUUGCUUCUUGGGUUUAGGACAACGCCUAAUGAGGAUCUUGCCCAUUCUGCAGCCGAGAUGGUAUAUGGCCAGCCCCUCGUCGUGCCCAGAGAAUUCUUCCCCAACGACGGCGCGAGCGACACUCAGAUAGAGGACCUCCGCCGGGUGGCCCGGGUCCUCCAGUGCUCCCCCAGAGCUUUCAAGCUACAACUCGAAAGGACGAACAGACUGGGUUACCAUAGAGCGCCUAAAGCCAGCAUAAAUCGAUGCCAUGGACCACGGAGACGUCACCUACACGAGCUCCGGACGCCAUUCUCGCCCUCGCAGGAUCCUCGAUUUGUAGUCCUUUCUCCCUCGUUAGGGGGAGGCACUGUGGCAGAGGCCACAAUCACUUCGGCACCGGCGCUGCCUCUCCGCUUAAUUGCCUCAGUCGACAACGGCGCAGCCUCACUAGGCAUACUCACCUCACCCCACUUGGCACCGGCGCACCUUGCUCUGCAUAAUUGCCCCUACGCCGAGUCAGCCGGCAGGCAAGCGUGGCGAGGUCCGCGGUGUUGA